ACAUUUCGAAGAUUCUGUAUGGUUUUCUUGUAGCUGUUUCUUAAACUAUGAAAGCUGGUCUGACUUUUUUUCCAUUUUGAGGGAUGAAUGAAAAUUUUUGAAACCAUUAACAAAUUAUUUAUAAUUUGUGACUCCUUCAUGCUGAUCCCAAAUGUGAUGUUUUCCAAAGUGAGAUUGAGUUGUAGCUGGAGGCGAGGAAAGGGCCAGUUUACAAAGUCUGUCCAGAAAGUCUUUGUGUAUGAACUAUAGUAGAACAAGUGUUCAGUGGUUUCAGUCUCUGUGUCACAGAAAGCACAAUCAUUACAUUCAACACCAAAUCUCACUCUGAGCAUUCCACUGGAUAUACAUUCUUCAAAAUCUUUAAAUGAAUUUGUUCUACUUUUGAAGCAACAGUGAAUUUUAAAUAGUUACUUUUCAAUUUUUUUUUAUUUUUAUUUAUUUAUUUUUUUUUUAGUUUUCUAUCUAAUAAUCACAUUUAAGGACAAACAGUGGUCCCUCCACUUUAUCAAAUAAACAUCUGGAGACACAAAACCAAACACUGUUCUUAUUUGGUUAAGAAGGAUUCGAUCCAUUUUACUUUUAAUGCACCAUUUAGUACUUUAAAAUCAAUUGCCUGCGGGCCGCCAUCUUUGUAGUCUUGUACAAUUUCUGAUUAUUUCAUGAGCACAAUUUUUCCAAAUGUAGUUAAAAUGUAGACGUGUUUUAAUGGUUGUAUGGCAAUGGAAUAUACAUCUCGCUAUUCCAUUUUUGUUAAACAUGUUCUUCCAAAUACUGCUAAAUCUCUUUGUGACCAAGAGUAGUUUGGAUUUACUCGUCUCCUCGUGCUCUGGUGUGAUGUGCGCAGGUGUGAACUGCAGCCCCACCACAAUACCGGAAGUCGCUUUUGUUGUUUUAUAGUCAGACCGGAAGUUCUGGGUUUUCCGCUGCUAGCUGACUUCACAACCACAAAAAGUCACUGGCUGAGUAACGGGAACCGUAAGCGAGCAAACGGCACGAGCCCCGUCCGCAGCGGUGUACCGGUGGCUCCAGCGUAUCCCUCCGCGGCGGUGACGGAGACUGUACCGGCCGCCGGACGGAUAUAAGAGGGCGGCUGGCUCUCUUUGAUGGGUCUCCGGCUCAGAAAUGAUCGCUUCACUUUCCAGAGGAAGUGCGCUGGAUGAGGUUCUGCACGGGAGCUCCAGCGAGCAACAACUGGUGGCGUACGUGUCCUGGGUGAACGCUCAGCUGAGGAAGCGACCGGGCCUGAAACCCAUCAAGGAUCUGAGGCGGGAUCUGCAGGAUGGAGUGGUUCUGGUCCAGCUUAUAGAGAUAGUUGCUGGUGUGGUGCUGGAUGGCGUCUUCGUUUCUCCGCAAAGCAGAGAGGAAAGCAGGAAGAAUGUGGAGGAAGUCCUGCAUUUCAUUUCCUCCAGACACAUACACAUGCCUCACAUAUCCGCUAAAGAUGUCCUUGAAGGGAACCUGAAGUCUGUAAUGAGGAUCGUUCUGGCGCUGGCGGCCCACUUCAAGCCCUCCGCCAAUCAAAGGGCCGCUUCAGGAAGUGGGAGGGGCUUGGUAAAAUCUAGUUCUGGCCACAACCCUCACUCCACCGUCGCACUGGCUCAAGGCGCCGCGGCUGCGCUGGUGUCGGCCCGGCUUGACGCAUCACUUCCCAUAAGGGCCACAAGAAUUCACGGAGGCCUCGGGUCAACUAAGGAUGCCAGCGUGUGUGUUCGAGCUCUGGUUGAGCAGUAUGAGCGAGGAGCAGCCGAUGAGCAGGACCCCGCUCAGUCCAGCAGCCUCAGCUCUCCGAGUCCUCUGACCUCCCUGAAGCCGUGCGGCGCGUCCGGCGUCCAGCAGCCCGAGUGCAGCGCCGAGUCGCCUCGGGCUGUGCAGGAGUCGGAGUGGGAGACCUCCCUGAGCGAUUCACUGGAGAAGGAGGUGCAGGAGGCGCGGAGCAUGGUGUCCUCUCUGCAGGCUCUGCUGCUGCGCGGCGCGCUGCCCGAGGAGGAGCACGAUGCAGCUGUGGAGCCAGGAAACCCCGAACAACAUCUGGUCGUCGUUCGUAGCCGUUUGGAUCAGAGCAUGGAGGAGGUCCGAGAGCUGAAGAGGGAGCUGAUGCGCUGUAAGCAGGAGGUGCGAAACCUGCAGGCGGUCAAGGACGCCCAGCAGCAGAGGCUGUGCACUCAGGAGGCGUCGAUCCUGCAGAUGAAGCAGGAGCUCCUCAGAGCCAGUAUGAUGAAGGAGGAACUCGGCAACCAAAAUGCAGAGCUGCAGUGGAAGCUGGAGGAGAGCAACAGGCUGUGGGGCGACUGCAAGAAGGACAUCGCGCAGAAAGACAAACUGCUUCAGCAGCUCAAACAGAAGCUGGAAGAAAGCAGAAAGUUGCAGACGGAGUUGCAGAGACAGUUGGAACAUAAAGGUGGCGUUCUGCAGGAGCUGAUGUGUGGAAACCUCCAGAAGAUCCCAACCAACCCAGAAAACAACGGAUAUUCUCUCUGUGGAAGCUCCACUCAGGUGUCAGGCGCAGAGGAGGUCCAGCUGCUGCAGGACGCUCUGAGGAGUCUGAGGAACACGUUUUUGGACCACGACCCUCAGCAGCACACCCUGGACACUCUGGAGCAGGGCAUCGUGUCACUCAUGGACCGACUGCACGCUCUGCACACGCACGGGGGAAGAGGGAAGUCUCCAAGACGGAAGGAUCAACACACAGACUCCGACUUAUGGCCUUCCACGAAAAGUUUCAAGUCCCACAACGGCUCAACGUCCUCAACGAAAAUCCUUUAUUUUACCGGGAAGUCCCUGACUCCUUCAAUGAUCAACAUACCCAAGAGAUUGGGCGAGGUGACUCUCAGGGAUGUUAAGGCAGCUGUGGAUCGAGAAGGAAACUACCGGUACCACUUUAAAGCUUUGGACCCAGAGUUUGGCACCGUGAAAGAGGAGGUGUUCAACGAUGCAGCGCUUGUUCCAGGGUGGGAGGGGAAAAUAGUAGCGUGGCUGGAGGAGGAGCGAGGGGAGGACAGGCCUUCAUAGUUUCAGGCUGAAGGACACACUCCCACGAUUCCUGAGCCAAAGCACAUCCGAGGACCCCAAAACGGACUCCAGAGAGAUUCCAUGUGCUUUUCUACACAAGUGCCUUCAUGACCCGAGCUCUAAACCCCAGCAGUGUUCCGAGUUAGCCUUUAACGAAUGUUGAACCUUGUUUGUGGACAUCACUGCUGCAUCCGGGAUCUUUUCAGGAAGCAGCAUUUUUAUUUUUUAAACUGAAGUGUUAUUUCUUAUUCCAGAACAAAAGAAAACUUUUCAUUUUUUUUAAACGGUGUCUAUAAUGGAAUGUUCUGUUAAAUGAGAGUCAAAUGGAUAACUGUGGUCUCUAUACGUCCAUCUGCAGAACUUCAGUUUGUCUGUGAAGGGAAGAGAAUCUUCUGCUUGUUUGUUGAAAUACUGCACUUUUUUUUCUUAUUUUUGUGUAAAAACUCCAAACUUCUAUUUUCGUGGUAUUUUUAUGACUGGAUUAUAUAUAAGGUUGUUUUUAUGUUGGAGGUUUGUGUUUCAGAGCAGUUUAAAGUGUGGAUGUUUGCAUGUGUGUAUAUAUUUGUGGAUGGAUUAUUUCUCCUGCUCUGUUGGAGUCCCGCCGCUGUAGACCAGUGAGUUUCAGCGACCAGCUGGCAGCAAGGCCUUCUGCUGGUUUCUGGUUUGUAUUUUUAUUUAAGAACUAUCUGUACUGUGUGUUUACGAAAAAUAAUACACAGCUACUUUUGUUAGAUAUUUUCAAAUAAAUUUGUCCUUUUUUUA